UGAAGGAGGUCGAGGAGAUGCUGGAGCAGGAAGGCUUGUCUGGCAUAGCUCACAGUAAUGCCAGUGAACAGAUUGCUUAUUUACUGGUAGAGAGAGCYGCGCUGCUGGAGAAACUGGAGAUUGCAGAUCAGAAGCUGAAUACCCAGAACUGUGUGGAUGGCCUGUGUGCAAUGCAGCUUCAGGAUAAGUUUCACCACAUUCAUCAAACCUUAGAAGAUGAACUCAAACAGCAGUGUGAAUCCAUGCGGUGCGGUAAAGAGAUAUCUUGCAGGGCCGAGCUGGAAAGGGAGCAAGCGCUGCGCACGAGAGCUGAGCAAGAGCUUGAUGAGGCCACACAGAGACUGCACGAGGCCCACGAGAAGAUCCAGAGGCUGACAGGCGAGCUGGAUGCGCAGAGAAAGGAGCAGAGCAAUAAAGAUAGCACCGAGCUGCAGAAGGCCAUGGAGCAAAACAGCAGUUUGGACAAGGAAAUUGUGGCCCUGCGAGCCCGAGUUCAAACACUCGACUUGGAAAGGAAAGCUUUCCUUGAUCUGGUUGAACAGCUCAAAGAGGAGAUCGGCGAUUAUCAAAAGAGUGAGAAACGAGGACUUCCAUUCCCUGCACCAAAUGAGGCUGAAGAAGUUGCAGUGUGCUCACUGCAGAUACAGGGCACAAAGGAUGAAGGGAGGGUUGAAGGAGGCUGUGUUCCAGGCCAUGCUGGUUUGGACCAAGAUGACAGAUACCAGGAUAGCGAAAUGCUUCAUAAAAGGUGCCGAGAGGUGAUUGAAAACAUUGAGGGCAGGAAUUCGCAGCUCCUUCACAAGCUGCAAAAACUGAAGCAGGAGCAUGAGGGUUUGGUUGAACGCAAUGAAGAAUUGGAAUCUAUUCUAGGAGAUACACAGAUCCAAACCAAGCAGGAGAWGGAGCACUUUGAGAGUGAGGUAGAAGGACUUCACCAGAAAAUCACAAGUUUAGAGAUGGAAUUACUUGAAGUGCAGAAGAACAGAACUGGGACGAGUGGCGAAGAGCAAGYGUUGACUGAUGGAGCACAAGAAAUGCGAGAGAUGCUGGAAAGCUGUCAGGAAAAGAUAGAGAAGUUGGGAAAUCAGCUCGGAGAGCGGAGAGAGCGGAGAAAACAACUUGCAUCUGAACUUGAACUGUUACGAGAAGACCUGAAGGCUGAAAAGAAGGAAUUGCCUGACUCAAAAUCAGAGCUUGCAAGCCAGUCUAAUGACUUCCAGAGUCUCCAAAGAACAUCAGCAAACAGGGAUGUCGUUAAAAUAUCCCAUGAGAAGCUGCAAAAAGAUAGUGCUUUGUUAGAUACAGAGGUCCCUGAACCCCUACAGGAACAUGAACAGAUUAGCAAACUCGARCAGAAACCUGAAGAUUUAACUGCUGAUGAAAAGGCUUGUGAAGAGCUGAUGGCUAAAGUAGURUUUUUGGAAGAACGGAUCCAAAACUUGAGGGCUGAACAAGAACUGCUCUGUUCUGAAUUACUAGAAAGCAACAAGAAGAGGGAGGAGCUAGAAAAGCAGCUUAAAGAGGGCAAUGAAGAAAAGCAGUUGUUACUGGAAGAAAUUGCCCAGCUGAAACAAGAAACGGUGGCUGCGUGGGAGCAGUGUGACAGCAUGGAUGAAGAAACUUUGAGAAGGAAUCAAGGCAUGGCCCAUAGAGAGAACAAGUUUCUCUUAUCUCAGAGUUCUGCAGGCAGUUUAGAAGGGAGCGUGAAACAGAGUCUGUCUGAAGAGCGAUUCCAGCAACAGGAGGAAAAGAUGCAGCAGCUGCGGCAGGAUCURCGUCGUGUCCAGAACCUGUGCAGCUCAGCUGAGAGGGAGCUUAAAUAYGAAAGGGAGAAAAACAUCGACUUACAGAAACAAAACCUCUUGCUCCAGCAGGAAUGCACCAAGGUCAAAGCGGAACUGAAGCAAGCCCGUGCAAAACUCCUGGACACGACUGAAACAUGCUCCUCUCUCUCAGCACAAUGGGAAAAAAGCCAGCAGAAGGUCAAAGAGCUUGAACGAGAGCUCCUGAAGAGCUCCCAGGCUGACACACUGCAGAGUAGUCUACAAGAGAAACUUUCACAGGAGAAGUCCAAAGUCUCCGAAGCACAAAAAAAGAUCUCAAAGCUCCAGCAGAAGCUGAAGGAAUCACAACACCAGCUCCUUCUGGCAGAGGCCCGUGUUUCAGACAAGAAACUCCUGGAGGAAGAAUUGAAAGAGGCUCGAGAAAAUGAAGCUCGAGUGCAGCAAGAACUGCAYGAGGAGUGCCUGAAGAGGAAGCUCCUGGAGCAGCAGGUGGAGGAGCUGCGGCAGCAGCUCCGGCACUCGCGUGAGACGGAGGCGUCGCUGGCCAAGAUGCGUGUGGAGCUGCAGGCCAAGACUCUGCACGUCCUGGAAGAUGAGCGGAAAAUGGACUCGAGCGAGCAUCUCCAGUGUCACAAGGAAAACCAGAAGCUUUCAGAGCAACUUUCACUGCUGAAGGAGGAAAACAAAGCCCUUUAUGAGGAAGGAGUCCGUCUCCUGAACCAAAAGGAUCUGUAUGUGAGGAAAUACAACGAAAUGCAGCUCCGACACAAAGACAAGAUCCGUCGAGCGAAAGAGACGUUUAUCCACGAGGUGAAACAAAGGGACAGUAAAAUCAAGCAGCUUGAAAGUGAGCUCAGCGAGUCAAAGCUCCAAGUAGAAAAGGGGAAGGUGCUGAUUGCACAGAUCACUGCAGAGAAUGAAAAACUGCUCCAGGAAAGAAGGCGGCUCCUCCAGAAGGUCUCUGACCAGGAGGACACCCCUUGGAGCAACAAGUCUACAAUUGCCACCCUCCAGAGCAGGGUGAAGAUCCUGGACGAGGAGAGCGUGCGGCUUCACGAGAGCAAGCUGCAGCUCUGCGGCCACGUGCCGGCCUCGCAGCGCGCUCCGAGGAGCAUCCCCGCUCCCAGCACCGAGGACUUGAAGAGUGUUAACUUCCCUGAACGCCAACUACAGAGUAAGAUGUUGCCAUCUCCCUGUAACAGCUUCCCGCCCCAAGAACUGCCAGACUCUCUCAGCACCCUGAGGGCCACGCAAGACACCAAGCCUGAAGGAGGAGCUGAAAGCCAGGAGUCCUCCUUUUGCUUCUCUCCUUCUCAGCCCUCUGAGAUCGGGUACUUAAACCUAACUUCGCCCGGAGACACCACAGUCUCCCAGCUGCAGGAGGAGARCCAGAGCUUCAGCUCUGAGAACUUGUAAAUGCAGGAGACCCUUGUCAAACACGUCCUAGCUGGACUGCAAGCCUGGGCUUCGGUUGCCUCGGGCUGCCAAGGACUGCAGGGGAGAGAAUUGCCAAAUGUUCGGUGAUUUCUGUGAUAUUUUUCAACUAAAUUCUUCAAUGGCUAUUUUUAACUUUACCCUGCUGUAAGUAUGUGUGUGUGGUUGAUUGUGGUUGAAAGUCGGAUGAGAAAGAGAAGAGGAGAGGGAUGAAGUACUUUUGCCACUGAAUCCUCCCUCCAUAUGCAGUSUAAAGACCCAUCUUUGUAAAUAAAACUUGUACAAGUUC